UUUUAAUUCGUGACGGGGGAUUAGUUUAGUUUCCACUGAGCUUUUAGUUUGCUUUCCAUGGCGAUGAUAAAUAAAUCCUUCUUCUUUCUCCCACACCAUUUCACUUGCCCAGUUUACAAAAUUGAUUCUUUUUACCCUUCUUAUACCCACGAAGGGUUCAUGAUUUCGUAAGCUCUACAGAUCUUCCGAAGAUGGCUCUACAUUUGAGUUUGUCUCUGAUCUUCCGGAUUUACGCUCUUUUGUUGCUACUGAUCAAUGUCUCCUUCGCUAAAACACUUAAACGAGAUGUGAAAGCGUUGAAUGAGAUAAAGAGGUUGGUUGGGUGGAGAGUGGUGUACUCUUGGGUUGGAGAUGAUCCUUGUGGAGAUAAAAAUUUGCCUCCGUGGUCUGGCGUCACUUGUUCCACUGUUGGCAAUUACCGUGUCGUCGUCAAGCUAGAAGUGUUUUCAAUGUCGAUAGUUGGGAAAUUCCCAACGGCUGUAACGAAGCUCUUAGAUCUCACCGUUCUGGAUCUGCACAACAACAAAUUGACAGGACCUGUUCCUUCAGAAAUUGGACGCCUUAAGCGUCUUAAGACACUGAAUUUGAGGUGGAAUAAACUUCAACAUGCCCUGCCUCCUGAAAUUGGUGGAUUGAAGAGUCUUACAUAUCUUUGCCUGAGUUUUAACAACUUCAAAGGAGACAUCCCCAAAGAGCUUGCAAAUCUCCAUGAGCUUCAAGACCUACAUCUUCAGGAGAAUCAGUUUACUGGGCGGAUCCCGGCAGAGUUGGGAACAUUACAGAAACUUCGCCACUUGGAUGUUGGUAGCAAUCAAUUAGUGGGGAGUAUAAGCGAUCUUUUACGCAUACAAGGAUGCUUUCCCGCUCUUAGAAACCUGUUUCUAAACAAUAAUUACUUCACUGGUGAACUCCCAAACAAGCUUGCAAAUCUAACAAACCUGGAGAUGUACUUGUCUUUCAACAAACUGACUGGAGCAAUACCUUCUGCACUAGCCAAUAUACCAAGACUAACUAACUUGCACUUGGACCACAAUCUAUUUAGUGGGAGUAUCCCUGUAGCCUUCUACAAGCAUCCGAAUCUAAAAGAUAUGUACAUAGAAGGGAACGCAUUCAAAACAGACGCAAAGGCGAUUGGUACACAUAAAGUCCUCAAACUUUCUGACACAGACAUCCUUGUUUAGUUAUGCAUAUUACAACUCGGUUUCAUUUCAGAUAGUAAUUUGGCAGUGUAAUAUGGUUCUCAUGAUUCAAUUUCUAUGUUACAGCAAUAUUGUCAUUGAUGUGUUUUCUGAAUGUAAAAGAUUCCUUAUCCAUAUAUGAAAAUUGAAUAGAAAGCAA